ACAAGGAAGAAAAAAAAAGAACGCCGCGGAAGUGAAGCAGCUCGAUUCAGAAGCUAGGGUUUGGGGAGCGAGCAGCGGAAGGGAGUAGCAGCCGGCGGCGAUGGCGUCGGAGGAGGAUGUGGCGGUGAAGGAGCCGCUGGAUCUCAUACGGCUCAGCCUCGACGAGCGCAUCUACGUCAAGCUCCGCUCCGACCGCGAGCUCCGCGGCAAGCUCCAUGCGUAUGAUCAACAUCUCAAUAUGAUACUUGGAGAUGUAGAAGAGAUAGUGACUUCCAUUGAAAUUGAUGAUGAGACUUACGAGGAGAUUGUUCGUACCAGCAAGCGCACCAUCCCCUACCUUUUUGUCCGAGGAGAUGGCGUGAUACUGGUUUCGCCGCCCUUGCGGACCGUCUGAAGUCAGGGCGGAACAACUACCAUUCAAUGGGCAUUGGCAGCAGCGCUAUCGGGAUGACAUGCAUCGGCUUAUUCAUAAUUUCCUGGACUCGCGAGACACCGCAUAGCUUGAGUUAAUCAUCCAUGUAUCCUGAUACAAAGAACAAAAAAAAAACACUGAACUCGACUUGUGUUAUGUAGAUCGAUCUGAAUCCGGCGCCUGUUCGUCCAUUGUUAGACCACAAUCACCAUAGUGGAGGGAAGCUUGAGUUAA